AUGAAUUCCACGGCCAUGGUUCGCAAUGCCAACAAGGAAAACCUCUUCUCCAAUGCCACCAUGUCGCAAGUAGAGAAUGCUGGUGUUCUUCUUGGUCUUAGAAACUCUGCUCCUCCUGAAGAAGAAGAGGCUCAAGACAGGUCCAAACGUCGUCGUAUGGAAGCUCAAAAGAAGAAGGAUGCCCGACACGAAGAGAAUCAGCGACACAUCAACUUUUCCACCUUUGAUGAUCGCUUUUACCGACAAGACCGUCACUUUGGACAAAUGCCAGAACCACCAGAGGCUUUUGUCAUUCCUGGGGAAGUGCAACCACCAUCCGCAGUAACGCCAAGGGUGAAUCCGUACAAGAGUGACCAGCAAAAGAAGGCUGCUCCAAAGAAAGUUUCCGCUCCAUCUCUUUCUCGCCCUCUUCCCCGUAUAACUCACAACCCUUCUCGACUUCCAGGGCGAGAAGCUCCACCCAAUUCUGUUGCUGCAAAUGUUCUUGCCCUCAUCGAAGAGAAAGGAUAUGAUGGAAUGGAUCCUUCUCUGGUUGAGACUGUGAACAACACCACACGUGGAAAGAACACUGCGAAAGUUGAAAAGCGGAAGGCUUCAGAGGAGGCACGCUUUUUCGACACUCUUCGACAGUUUGGUGGGAGUUUUGCGGAACCACUUCUUCAAGUUAAAACGGGCGCCAAAGGUACCGUCGGCGAGCCCAUGCAACCGGUCAGUUUGGAAAAGUACUUGCAGAACACGUACAAUGUGUUUCACUCGAAAGGGAUCAUGUUUGAAUUCAACAAUCACUUCAACGGACCUGGAGAACUUCGCGGGGUAGUUUCCACCAUUUGGAAUAAGCAACACAAGAAAGAUCCGUCCUUUGGGGCCCAACCCAAUCGACGACGCAUCAAAGAAGACUUCAUGGGGCUUAUGUGUGAUGCAAUUGCGAAUGGAGUUCUCAAGAUCACCGAUUCAUGGGAUGUCUUGCGUGUCGCCAUGGCCACCAAUGCGUAUGGUAGUGGAUUCCGUGGCAAAAUGGAUCAUUACAAUGCCCUUCUUUCCCAUUGUCGCAGCGGAAUAUUCUCGAAAGAAGAAGCCGGUGGUUCGGAUCUUGUUGGUACUCCUUGGCGCGGCAUGUUCGUAUCUUGA